GUAAAAUGAUGAGACUUGACAAAAAAGAUACAAUAAAUAUCUACUAACGCGUAUUUAAUGAUUUUGUGAACAAAAAACGAGUUAAACAAAAGGUAAGUAUUCACUCGUUUAUCCACAAAAUCGUACUCCACAUGGAACAUUGAAUGUUUGAUAUUGUUAAAUUUUUCCGAUAUGAAUUUCACUUGUGUUAUUUGUGCUGAAUUAUUUAUUCCUAACGAAAAAAUAUAUUUUACACAAUGCGGACACGUUUUCCAUUACACCUGUUUAAUGAAAUGGAUGGAAAGAUCAAGAAGUUGUCCUCAAUGUAGAUGCGCACUAUCAGAAAAAAGUAUACAUCAAGUUUUUUUAAGUUUUUGCAACGAAAAUUCCGAUUUAGAUGCCACUAGUUUAACGUACAAAUUAGAUAACGUGAAUUUAACUUUAUCGUUGAAAGAAAAAGAAUUGAAAAACGUUAAGGAAGCCAAAAAAAAAUUGGAAGAAAUGAACGGAACCUUAGAAAGAUAUAUUGCAAUGAGAGAUACCGAGAAAAUAUGUUUACAGAACAUUUUAAGUGAUUAUAUAGAGCGUGCAAUUCAUUUUGAAAAUAAAUCUAAGGAAAAGGAAGUUGAAAUUUUGAAAUUAGAAAAUAACAUAAAAGACAUUGAAAAUAUAGAAAUGGUUCUAAACGGAUCUCGAAAACAAGUAGAUGAUAUUUUGAAAGAAGGGCAUAAUAUUGAGUUCUUGGCUUUGUUAACUGUUACUUUGAAAAAGGCCUUAGUUGAUUCUGAAAGGCAAGCCAAACAUUUAGAUUACACCUUAAAGAGAUACAAGAAUGAAAUAACCAAACUAAAACAAAAGAAUUCUUUGUUGGAAUCUCAGAAUGCGUAUAUGAGGAGAGAAAUGCAACAGAUCAAAAUUAAAACAGAAAAGGAAAAAGUUAUAUUGAAACAGGGAAUAAAAGCCUCUGAGAAGAAGUGCACCAAGAGCGCUAUUAAACCAGUGGACUUACUACAAGAUAAAAAAAAUUCUAAUGAUUUAUCAUCUUCAGUGAAUAAAAACCUGGAGGAUUUGGUAGCUUCAGAUUUGCCAUACCUGCCUGUAAAUAAUAAUGUCGGAGUAUUUUUAAAGACGAAACUUAAAGCUCCAACAACCGUUUCAUCAAGCAAAUCUACCAAUGCUUCAUCAAAUAAAAACUAUUCUUUAUUGAAUCGGAAUCUAACGGCCGAUAAGCACAAAGCAUCUACUUCCAAGGUAGCUUACGACGUUUUAGGAGGAUCUAGCAAGUAAAUACAAAAAUGAUUGAAGAGGACCAAGGAAUCUACAUUAUCGACUGCUGAAGUUGAUUCUCACAUUAUGAGGAAAUUAUUUAAUUUUACCAUUUGAGAUGUUUUUUUUGCUCCUAUCCUGGAUAAAAUCAUAUUCUUUCCGAUACCGGUAGAAAAAAAUAUUUUCAUUGUUCUUGUGUGUUUUUUUAUUGAUUAAAUUUAUUUUUUCAUAA